AUGAAAAUCGCUAACUUGUUGAUAAAAGAAGAUAACUCAUGGGAAAAGACUGCAUCAUGGACCGAUUCUGGACGAUGCAUGUCCAAACUCAAACCCGACCAAAUGAUCACCACAGCCGCCGAAGUGAAACUUUUUCAUACAGCUGAUACGCCAUUGCUGUUAGCAACCAUACAUGAUUCAACCGAGAUUGUUAGAGAAAUACUGAACAUCUAUCCUCAGGCCGUCGAACAUGUCGACAAAGAAGGGCACAAUAUUUUACAUUUGGCAAUAUGGCAUAGACGUUAUGAAAUCAUUGAUAUGGUGGAAGAAAUGGAGUACCCAUUGACCAGAUUAAGAGGAAGGCUUGACAGCAAUUAUAACACUUUGUUGCACAUGGUUGGUCACAAAGUAGAUGACAUGAAGGAGGAUAUAAAACAUCCUGCUCAAGAACUGAAAGAGGAUCAACGUCUUUAUAAGAGGGUGGAGAAGAUAUGUACAACCUUAGACAUGAGUACCCGAAACGCCAACCAGAAGACCGCUUUCGAGGUGUUUUCCGAAGCGAAUGACAAACUCCGCGCCGAAGCAAAGGUGUGGAUGUGCGAAAAUUCAAAAAGCUGCUCCAUUGUCGCUGUGCUAAUCGCAACAGUAGCGUUUACAUCCGCCUACACCGUCCCAGGAGGUCCAAGUGAGACUGGUCAUCCAGUUCUCAAGGGAAAACCCAUGUUUCUCCUCUUUACAUUAGCUGAUGCAAUUUCACUCUCAAGAGCAUUGACAUCAGUUAUCGUAUUUCUCAACAUUGUCACAUCACCAUUUCAUUUUAAGGAUUUUGCCUCACAUCUUUUUGAAAAACAACUUACAACACUUAUCCUGUUGAUCAUCUCUGUGGCAACGAUGAUGGUAGCAUUUGUAGCCACACUUAUUUUAACCAUCAGCAAUCAAGGAAAGUGGUCAGACGUAACGUUGUACGCAGUUUCAUUCUUCCCGGUGCUUGUUUUCUUCUACUCUUACAUAUCAGAUUACUGGAAUAUGAUUGUUGGUUUCUUCCGGGCACUCAAGAAGACGAUGUCAAAAAUAGUUCUUGGUUUUCAUAACCUGUGGGACUACAAACCACAAUCUACAUAUCCAGUUGAUGUGAAUAAUUUGCCGUUGCUUUAG